CGCGGCCCCGCCCGCCCCCGCCGCGGCGAGCAGAGGGCGGCGGCGGCGGCGGCGGCAGGAGCGGCCUGGAGGAGGCGGCAAGGAUGGCGGCGGCGGCGUGGGCGCGGCGGAGAUGAGCGCCGGCGGUCCCAGGCCCAGGGCGGCUUGGCCGGAGUGGGCGGGGGUCCCGAUGCAGGCCCGAGGGGGGCCAUGGGGCAGGUCCUGCCUGUCUUCGCCCACUGCAAAGAAGCUCCGUCUACAGCCUCCUCCACCCCUGACUCCACAGAAGGUGGAAACGACGAUUCGGAUUUUAGGGAGCUGCACACAGCCCGGGAAUUCUCCGAGGACGACGAGGAAGAGACCACGUCGCAGGACUGGGGCACCCCCCGGGAGCUGACCUUCUCCUACAUCGCUUUCGACGGCGCGGUAGGCUCCGGGGCCCGCCGGGACUCAAUUGCCCGCCGUCCCCGGCCCCAAGGCCGCUCAGUCUCAGAACCUCGAGACCCGCCCCCGCAGCCUGGCCUCGGGGACAGCUUGGAGAGCAUCCCCAGCCUGAGCCAGUCUCCGGAGCCCGGGCGCCGCAGCGAGCACGACGCUGCUCCUCCCCCCGAACGGCCCCUGGAGGAUUUGCGGCUCCACCUGGACCGGCUGGGCUGGGCAGCCCGGGGAGCGGCGUCCGGCGAGGACUCUGAUACCACUAGCUCCACUCCGCUGGAAGACGAAGAGCCAGAAACAGUAGAGAGCAGGGAGACUGGUAAAGGUUUGGACCUGCCACUUGGGCUCUCUCGGUCAUCGCCACCCCGGAUCUUGACGCCACUGCCCAGUCCUGGCUCUGGGAGCCCCCAGGUCCGUACCCCGUCUCCUCCCGGGUCUCGGGAUUCGAACUCUCUCAGUGAAGAGCCCUUGAUAAACAAGGAGGAAGUGCCAUGGAGGCAGCUGGAGCGGGAACCAAUUACAGGGCAGAGCUUCGAUAGCACAGACCAAUCAGAAUUCACGCUGGAGCCACAUAUUCUAGUGGCCGACCUGCUGUACUGGAAGGACUCGCGGACGUCAGGCGCCGUGUUCACGGGCCUCAUGGUCUCCCUGCUCUGUCUCCUGCACUUCAGCAUCGUGUCCGUGGCCGCACACUCCGCCCUGCUGAUGCUGGGCGCCACCAUCUCUCUCAGGGUUUACCGCAAAGUGCUGCAGGCUCUGCACAAGGGCGACGGCACCAACCCCUUCCAGGCCUACCUGGAUGUGGACUUGACCUUGAGCCGCGAGCAGACAGAGCAUCUGUCCCGGCUGAUCGCCUCCCAGGUGGUCUCGGGGGUCAUUCAGUUGCGGCAUUUCUUCCUCGUUGAAGACCUCGUGGACUCUCUCAAGCUGGCCCUUCUCUUCUACAUCCUGACCUUUGUGGGUGCUGUCUUCAAUGGUUUGACUCUCCUCAUUCUGGGAGUGAUCGCUUUAUUCACCCUUCCGCUGCUCUACCGGCAACACCAGGCCCAGAUCGACCAGUACAUGGGACUGGUGACCAAUCAGCUGAGCCACAUCAAAACUAAGAUCCGAGCUAAGAUUCCAGGGACCGGAGCCCUUGCCUCGGCUGCUGCCACCGUUUCCGGAUCCAAAGCCAAAGCCGAAUGAAAGGGGUGUCUCUGCUCGAGGGACGCCUGCGCUCACCCCUGUAGCCCUCUGCGACACCCCUUCCCCCUCCAUCUCCCUUCCAUCCCCACCCUCACCCCGCCACGGCUGGAGCCAUCUCUGUGGGUGUCCGGCUCGUUCACACCACGGAGUUAGCGCACAUUGCCCAAGCGGACUACAUUUCCCGAGAGGCUCUGCGCUAAGAGUCCAGGAAAGGAGAGACACCUUGGCCGUGAGGCCUGCUGGGACUUGUAGUUACAUAGAUAGGGCACCCCCUGCCCUGCACUUUGGCCAGCCCACCGCUGGAGGCGCUGUGAAGAUUGGCGUCUCCUGGACGCCACUGGCCCCCCUCGCCGGGGCUUUGCAUGGGGCCCGGGGGAGGCCUGAGCUUGGAUUUACACUGUAAUAAACACUUAUGUGGAAAA